AAAAACUUCCACCCGCCCUCUGGAAGUUUGCCUUUUGAACUCUCAACGUAACUUCUCAUUGCCUACAAAAAGCUUGUCUUCCCUCAUUUCUCCCGGAAAGCAUAUUCCUUAUAAACUACUAGAAGAGGCUGCCUUCAUCCGCGCGACAUACAUACAUCCCCUUGGAUAAAAAAUCCUCGCCUACCUACUGCAGCAAAGGCUCUGCAUCUUUUCACCCUUCUGCACCCCUUUUAUGAGAAUUACACACGCUUGAUACUAUGGACUCUCAAUCACAGCAGCAGGACGGUACCGGCCAGGCUACCCUGAAUGCAUUGGGCUCUGUUGUGUCCCAAUUGUCCCAGUACGGCCAAAAUGCCUCCAACAACCUACAAAAGAGCUUUACCGACAUAUCAACACACGGCUGGCUUCGGCUCGUCAUGAUCGUCUGCACAUACCUGCUGAUACGGCCACACAUCCUCAAAUACUCUACCAAGCACGCUGUGAAGACGCUGGAAAGGCAGGAUGAGCAGGACAAGGCGGCGGCCAAAGAAGCGGUGGCCAAAAUGUCGCCCAACGAGCUGCGUGGCCUGAACGCCGGAGCAGAGAUUGAUGUGGAUGCGGAUGAACACGCCGAUGGAACCAGUGCUGACUGGGGCUCUAAGGCACGAGUCAGGCAGAGGAAGAUGCUGAGGAAGAUGCUGGAAGCCGAGGAGAGACGACGAUACGAGGAGGAAUCUGACGAGGAUAUCCGGGACCUGCUGGAGUAAGCACGGGCAGACUGGACGGCCAGCAAAACGACCAUGGGAUGUGAUUAGCCCCGUGCAUUUACUUCCAGGGGCGACUUGUUCUACGCAUGCCAAACUGUCGAGGAAUCAUGAUGGGGUUGUGCCUAGGAAACAUUGGGUACUCAAAAAAGGCGGGCUGGAUGGAUGUGGCCAAGGUGGCCUUAUCACGCAUUACUUUUGCAACUGUUUAUACCUAAUUCACGCGCUAUGAUCUGAUGAGAGUGGUGCAAUAAUAACGACGGACCUAAUACGACAAUUAAUUAAUACAUAUUCAUAUACGAGCAACA